AUGGAGCAUCAGUUCUUGAUACGUUUCCUUCCGUCUACACGCCUUGGUGAAGUCCACACAAAUGUCCCUAUAAUCAAGUCUGACAGGUUCAUGGUGAGGCGUUAUGACCACCUCCAGGUGCUAGCGAGCACCAACCUAGAGCUCCCAAUCUCCACUCAACACUGUCUUGUCAUGUUGUUGGUGAAAUCCGAUCUGUCCACCAGAGUUGUGACACAACCUACAGUGUAG